AUGCGCAAGGCCAAUCAAGUCUAUGAGACCAAGCUUUCCGAGGAACCUCCUCUUGACUUGCUGGAAAUUAACAGAGAAGACAGAGGAGAUAUAUGGCGACAAGAGUGGGAGCAAGAACUCAAGACGUUGGUUUCGAACACGUGGGAACCGGUAACUCAGCACGUGGACCUUGAAGUUAUCUUCAACUGCCCAGACAAUGCUUCGGCUGCCAUCAAGGGUCUGAUGAGAAGGUGGAGGACCCACCUUUAUGAGUGCUUCAUUGAAGCCAUUGAGGAAGCUACCCGCUUCCGCGACCCGGCCCGUGAGCUGGCUGAGCACCUGGUCCACACAAAUGGUCUCGAAAUUUACCUCUUCAGCAGGCUGGGAUCCGGUCAACAACAAAGGGCAGGUGCGCCGGAGACGUGCGAUAGAUUGCCAAGUAACUUGGUACACGGUAUAUUGCAAGGUAGGUUGAAAGCAUGA